AAUAUCAAAACUCGCCAAUCUUUACUGACGCCGCCAAAACAGUGAUGUCUCUUCUCGGCGACGACGGACGAGGCUACGACUUAGCUCGGCUGUUGGAGUCGUGCGGCGUCUGGAGAGAAUGGCUGGGAGGUUCAACCUACGCCUCUUUCGUUCAUUUUCUCUCCUCUCCAUCGGCUUGGGAAUCGUUCAUGCGCAUUGACGACUCAACAUCUAGGGCUCAGAUCCAUCUCCAGCUCAGAUGUCGAGCCCUCUUGUUUGAUAAAGCCACCGUCGCUCUCUUCCUCAGAUCACAUCCUACCAACGCCGCUAACAAUAAUUCCUCAUCCUCCACCUCUUCUUCUUCAAUUGAUGUUUCAAAGCUUAAUCCGAAUUAUUUACAAUUGCACGGGGAUGACGUGUAUUUUACUUUGGAGGGUUCGUCACAGGAUGGUGGUGCUGCAUCUAAUACGGCACCGUCCAAGUCAAAAUCAUCUUUUAGUGCCGGAUCAAGGUAUGUUGAACCGGAAUUUGAUAGCUUAUCCCAGAGAUAUAGGAAUGACGAGUUGCGUGAGACUUGGUAUAAUCAAUUUAUUGAGAAGUAUAAACUUACAAGACCCUAUAAGUUGUCUUUGGGGGACCGAGAGUCUGAAAAACGUACCCCAGAGGAAAUGACUGUGUAUCUUAGAACGCUUGAGAAGCAUAAAAGGAGACGAGUGGCAUUUCAGGAUGAUCUGCAUACGGGAUAUGGAAAUACUGGUCUAGAUGGUAAUACCUCGGUCGAUGAUGACACCCCUUUCUUUCCUGAAACAAUGUUUCUGAUGAACUGUGUACCCGAUAGUCCCCUCCCUCCAACAACCAGAGUGCGGGAUAAGAAGGAAAUAGAGUUCUUUGGAGUUCUGGAUACUCUACCACAGGUUUCAACCCGAAGUCCUGUUAUGAUUGAGAGGCUUGGUAUAAGGCCCGAGUACCUUAAUAUGGAACAAGGUGCAAACAUAAAUCGUGGGAAGACUCCCAGGAAGCAUCUUAGUCAGGAGCAAGCAUCACAAGUUUCUAGAAAGGUCAUAGCACGGUUACUGACUGGUGUUGGGUUCGAAGGUGCCACAGAAGCUCCUGUGGAAGUCUUCUCUCAGUUUCUCAGCUGUCAUAUUUCUAAACUUGGUCGUAAUCUAAAAGUUCUUACUGAUAAUUACAGAAAACAAUGUUCCGCCAUUGAAUUAAUCAGGAUGUUCCUUCAAACAUCAGGAUAUAGUAACUUUGGGGCUCUAGCUGAACUUAUCAAAGAUGGUACUAGCAACUUAGUGCAGCAAACUCAGCAACAAAUGCAUGCAAUCCAGACUCAAUUGCAGCCACAGCACCAAAAUGCUCUUCGAAUGGCCCAGCAACUUCAGAUGACGAGACAAAUGCAUCCGCAGAUGCAGCAAAUGGUUCAUACUCAAAACUUAUCGUUUCAGCAGCAACAGCAGUUGGAAAGAAUGCUCAGGCGCCAUCCAUCCACCCCUUGUCCUGUUAUGGAUAUGGCAGAUAAAGACCGACCUUUAGUGCAAGUUAAGCUUGAAAACCCAGCAGAGCUGCCCAUGGAUAACAAGUCUUCUAAUCCUAUCAAUGCCCGACAUCAGCAAAUGCAGUUCCGUCAGCAGCAACUCGUUGCAAUGUCAAGUCUGCAUUCUCAAUCCAACAAUCAAUUCAGGCAGUUGUUGUCCCCACAAAUUCCUCAAACAAUGAACAUGGGCGGCGUUGUUAGAGCUCCGCCAGUGAAGGUAGAAGGUUUUUCAGAAUUAAUGGGCGGGGACACCACCCUGAAGCAUGAAGCUGAGGAAAAUAAGCUGACCUCACCGACCACCACCAAGUAAGUACUUUUGGAAGUACAGUUAUCUGAGCCAGCUUAUUUCGGCCUUACAUGUUUCACUGAAAUGUUUUGUAUCUUUUGUUGUUAGAAAGAUAAGAUGCUAUGUUUCUAUAUGCUCUAAUUUUGUACAUUUGUUCGA